GUGAGAGAGAGUGAGAGAGGUGGUUGAAGAGAAGAGAAGAGAAGAGAAGAGGAGGGAAGGGAAGGGAAGGGAAGAGUGGGCUUCUGGGAAUCAGAAAGCAGACUAGCAGAGAGAUAUUCUUCUCCUCUUUCUCUUUCUCCAAGAACUUAAUUCUGAAAUUCCAAAUAACAGCCCACGUAAUAUUGUUGUGUAAUGGCAGAGACGCAGCACGGUUAGGUUUUAGAGACGAGACAAACAGCAUUCACCCUUAGCUGCGAAGAAGGAAACAAACAUGUAUGGAGAUUGCCAAGUUUUGUCAAAUAUGGGAAUGGGAGCGAAUGUGGUCUCUUCAGAAAACCUUUUCUCCACUGGCAUGGGAAACCCUAACUUCGAGUUCAUACCAAACAUGCCCUUCCAUUCUUUCCCAUCCAUCAUCCCUAAAGAAGAAAGUGGGUUAAUGAUGCGGGAAAAGGAAGAGAUGGAGAGUGGGUCUGGAAGUGGACAAGUUGAAGAGAAGUCAGGGAAUGAGCAAGAUAUCAGCACCGAACAGCCACCAAAGAAGAAGCGUUACCAUAGGCACACUGCUCGCCAGAUCCAAGAAAUGGAAACCUUGUUUAAGGAAUGUCCACACCCAGAUGACAAACAAAGGAUGAAACUCAGCCAAGAACUUGGUUUAAAACCACGCCAAGUUAAGUUUUGGUUCCAAAAUCGCCGUACUCAAAUGAAGGCACAGCAAGAUAGAUCGGAGAAUAUUAUACUCAGGACAGAUAACGAGUCCUUGAAGAAUGAUAAUUACCGGUUACAAGCAGAAUUACGCAAUCUAAUCUGCCCCAGCUGUGGAGGCCCAGCCAUGAUUGGUGGAAUUUCCUUUGAUGAGCUUCGAAUGGAAAAUGCACGCCUUAGAGAUGAGUUAGAACGUGUAUGUUGCAUUGCUUCACGCUACACUGGACGGCCAUUUCAGUCAGUGCAGCCUGCUUCUACCCUUGUUCCACCUUCCUUGGACUUGGACAUGAACAUGUAUUCAAGACAAUUCUCAGACUCCUUGGGUUCUUGCACUGAGAUGAUGCCUAUGGUUAUGUUUCCGGGAACUUCUUCUUUUGCUGAGGAGGAUCUUGUGUUGAUGGAAGAAGAAAAAACUCUUGCAAUGGAGCUUGCAAUGUCAUCCAUAGAUGAACUCGUGAAGAUGUGCCAAGCAACCGAACCUCUUUGGAUCAGAAACAGUGAGAAUGGAAAGGAAGUUCUUAAUUUUGAAGAGCACGCAAAGAUGUUUCCUUGGCCUUUGAAUCUUAAGCAGCAUUCAAAUGAUUUAAGGAAUGAAGCUACUCGCGAUACUGCUGUGGUUAUAAUGAAUAGCAUCACCUUGGUUGAUGCCUUCCUUGAUGCAAAUAAAUGGAUGGAGCUGUUUCCUUCCAUUAUUGCUAGAGCAAAAACUGUUCAAAUAGUAAUCUCAGGUGUUUCUGGUGCUAGUGGUUCUCUUCACUUGAUGUAUGCAGAACUGCAAGUUCUUUCCCCAUUAGUGCCAACUAGGGAGACAUAUUUUCUCCGCUACUGCCAACAAAAUGUCGAAGAAGGAACUUGGGCAAUUGUUGAUUUUCCCAUUGAUGGUUUCCAUGACAAUAUUGAACCUUGUUUUCCUUUGUACAGGAGAAGGCCUUCUGGCUGUGUUAUUCAGGAUAUGCCCAAUGGGUACUCAAGGGUUACUUGGGUAGAACAUGCAGAGAUUGAAGAGAAGCCUGUGCAUCAGAUAUUUAGCCAAUUUGUGUGUAGUGGGAUGGCAUUUGGUGCUCAACGCUGGUUAGGAGUAUUACAACGACAAUGCGAGAGGGUUGCCAGUCUCAUGGCCAGAAAUAUCUCAGACCUAGGAGUGAUACCUUCUCCAGAAGCAAGAAAGAAUUUGAUGAGAUUGGCACAAAGAAUGAUAAGAACAUUUUCUAUGAAUGUAAGCACUUGCGGUGGGCAGUCGUGGACAGCUUUAUCUGAUUCUAGCGAUGAUGCAGUUCGAAUUACGACUAGGAAAAUCACUGAGCCUGGCCAACCAAAUGGUGUCAUUCUCAGUGCAGUAUCCACUACUUGGCUGCCCUUUGCUCAUUACCAAGUCUUUGAGCUCUUGAGGGAUGAACGCCGCAGAUCUCAGGUUCAACUGGAUGUCCUUUCUAAUGGGAAUUCUUUACAUGAAGUUGCUCACAUAGCCAAUGGUUCUCAUCCAGGAAACUGCAUUUCUCUUCUUCGCAUCAAUGUUGCAAGCAACUCUUCCCAACACGUAGAGUUGAUGCUGCAAGAGAGUUGCACAGAUCAAUCUGGAAGCUUGAUUGUGUACACCACUGUAAAUGUGGAUUCAAUCCAGCUAGCUAUGAGUGGAGAGGACCCAUCUUGUAUCCCUAUUCUUCCAUUAGGGUUUGUGAUAAUUCCAGUGGAAUCCACUUGUAACACCAACACUCCCAGUGAAGGCAACUCUGCUCAUUCUUCUCAACAUGGAAAUUGUACUACAAAUCCAGGAUGUCUACUCACAGUGGGACUCCAAAUACUCGCAAGUACAAUACCAUCUGCUAAGCUCAACCUCUCCAGUGUCAACGCCAUAAAUAACCACUUGCGCAACACAGUGCACCAGAUUACUUCAGCUCUUAGCACCUCUGCUGCCUCCUCCUGCCCUGAGCCUAAUGCUGCACCUGAGGAUAAAGCAUAGGGAGAUAUUGGGUAAUUGUUAAUGAUAGUUAAGUGGGUAUUAAUAGCAAAUAAAUUAGCAGUAGUAAUAGUGGAAAUGGUUAUUAUACACAAAAAUGUGUACACAAAUUCAGUAUAUGGUAAUCGUUGGAUCAAUGGUUGAGUGAGAUCUCUCAUUCAACGGUCCAUAAUUUUCAUAACUGAAUUUGUUCACAAAUUUUUGUGUUAAAUAAAAAAGAAAGACUGGGUAGGUCUGCAGUAUCUGGGGAAGCGAGAAAGAAGAGUAGCAUUAAUGGAGAAAUGGAAGAAGGAAGAAGUGAUAAUAUUAAUAUAAAGAUAUGAUAAUUAAGAAGAUGUGACCCUUGCUUUGUGGUAAGGCCUUAAAUUUCUACUUUAUUAGAAUUUAUUUAUGAAAAAAAAAAAAAAAAGAACAGUACAAAACGAUGAUGAGGCCUCACCAGUCAGCAAGGGUUGUUAGGGUAUUUACUUUUGUUUGUCUCCUAUUUUGACUUUCAAUUUAAUGCUACUCAUUUAUAUGUUUUUCUUUUGUA